GCGGAGGGGAUCCUCAUUUUAAAAGGUUCAACUCGGCCACUUGCGACUCGUGCAUGGUUACUCUGCCCGGUUUGUGUGCUUUGUGAUUCUGUCCAUUUGUUCGGGUUGAAUUCUUUGGCCAGAAACAAAGCCCUUUCUUCUUCCUUGUUAUCUGCUGCGGUCAAUUGACUUGCCUUGUUGGUCUCACCACACGUGCACUGUCAACACUGCUCAUGCGACAACUCGACGAGCGUAUCCUCCGAUCACAUCGAUAGUAACACCCCAGUCGGAUUUGGUUCUUGCUACUGUUGUCAAUUAUACGUUGGCUGCACAGCGCUACUAAUUUUGCAAUUGACCUUUUGCUCGCCCUGUUGGCUCAUUCCUCGCUCGUGUGACUUUGUGCCGCUAGCACACACCUCCCGACGAACCCUCACCUUUCGACACCAUGGAUCCUCCUCAGUACGCCAAGGACGAAAGCAAGCUUGCUGAUAAGAAGACUGCCUUUGAUUCCGAUCCCGCUCACGACCUCGAAAGCCCCGACCAUGCCUCCAUCAGCAGCGGCCAGGAUGUUCUGGCCAUGCAGGACAUUGAUCCUGCUCUCAACAUGAAAAUGCACCUUGUCAACAAUGCUAUUGACGAGAUUGGCUGGACUCCAUACCACAUGAAGCUCUUCUUCCUCAACGGUUUCGGUUAUGCCGUCGACUCUCUCAUCUUGCUCGUCCAGUCUGUUGUUGCCGCUCCUGCGUUCCGAGAGUUCGGCAAGGUCGGCUACGGCAACGCCCUUACCAUCGCCGUCUACGUCGGCAUGCUUACCGGUGCCAUUUUCUGGGGAUCCAGUGCUGACAUCAUUGGCCGCAAGUUUGCCUUCAAUGUGUCACUCUUUAUCUGCUCUGUUGCCUGCAUCAUUGGUGGUGCCAUGCCCAGUUGGGCUGGUCUCGGUACUAUGGUUGCCAUCCUUGCCUUUGGCGGUGGUGGCAACUUGGUGCUCGACACGACGGUGUUCCUCGAGUAUCUUCCGGGUGACAAACAAUGGGUGUUGUCUCUCAUGGCUGCUUGGUGGGGUCUUGGCCAGGCCAUCACCGGUUUCAUCGCAUGGGGCUUCCUUGUACCAGACAAGUGGAACUGCAGCACUGCGGACGAUGCUCCUCCUUGCACCAAGGAUGCCAACUGGGGCUGGCGCUACGUCAUGUUCACCAGUGGUGCUCUCGUUUUUGUCAUGUCGUGCCUACGCAUCACCGUUGUCAGGCUCAAGGAGACUCCCAAGUACCAUCUUACGGUUGGUGAUGACGCCAAAGUUGUCCAGACGCUUCACGAGAUUGCCGAAAAGUACAACCGACCUUGCUCGUUGACUCUCAACCAGCUGGAGGCUUGCGGCACGGUUCGUACCGCACACAAGGCGAACAAAGUUAGCGGCAUCUUGCUCCACGUCCGCGGUCUCUUUUCCUCCAGGAAGUUGGCCUUUUCGACUUUGCUCAUCUGGCUCUCCUGGAUGAUUGUUGGUCUUGCCUACCCUCUCUUCUACGUCUUCCUCCCCACGUACAUUCAAGCCCGAACCGAUGAACUCAAGUACAGCACUUUCGAGUCGUGGCGCAACUAUGCCGCUACCAACUUAUCAGGCAUCCCCGGUCCGAUUAUUGCUGGUUUCAUGUGCAACUGGAAGGUUCUUGGCCGCAAGUACACCAUGGCCAUUGGUGCCUUCAUCACCAUGGCAUUCUUCUUCGCUAGCACCGAAGUGCGCACCAAGUCCCAGGACAUUGCCUUUAACUGCGUCAUUGCCUGCUGCCUCAACAUCUACUACGGAACCCUGUACGCGUACACCCCCGAAGUUCUACCUAGCGCCCACCGCGGCACCGGUAACGGUAUCUCGGUGGCUCUCAACCGUGUCAUGGGUAUUGUCUCUGCCAUUGUCAACACGUACGCCGCCAAGACGACCUCUGCGCCGCUGUACAUUUGCGCAGCGCUGCUGGGUGUUGCUGGCAUCGUCUCCAUCAUCUUCCCUUACGAGCCUUAUGGUCGUAGAAGUUCGUAGAUUAAGCGAAACGCCAACGAUGGAAAGGUAAUGGUGUGGGUUUAGCACGAAGUAUAUGGCAGUAUGCAUUGUACACGAUAUUUUUUUUGCCGACAUAUAUAUGAUACCAAUAUGAUUUACAUUCUAAGCCACUUGAAAAAAAAUAUCUUUGAUGUAUGGUGUGAAGGUUCUAUCAGCUAAAAAGUAG